AUGACCUACCAAGAGUUGUUCCUCAAAGCAUCAUCCAUGAUUUCAGGUACUCAAGAUUUUACCGAGCAAACCGUUCCAAAAGUGGCCUUCAUGUUCUUGGCAAGAGGUCCACUACCCCUGGCACCCUUGUGGGAGAAAUUCUUCAAAGGCCAUGAUGGAUUUUACUCCAUUUACCUGCACCAACAUCCUUGUUUCAGUGAAACCAUGCCUGAAGAUUCAGUAUUCUAUGGAAGAAAUAUUCCUAGCGAGCUAGUGGUCUGGGGUGCACCAUCAUUGAUGGAUGCCGGAAAACGUCUUCUAGCAAAUGCACUGAUGGACUUAUCCAAUCAACGUUUUGUUCUGCUUUCAGAAUCCUGCAUUCCGUUAUUUGGCUUCAGAACCAUAUAUGACUAUCUCAUGAACUCAACCAUGAGCUUCUUAGACUCUAAUGAUGACCCAGGAUACAAUGCCAGAGGAAGAUACUGCCCAAAAAUGUGGCCUAUAAUUAACAUAACCGAUUGGAGAAAAGGGUCUCAAUGGUUUGAGGUGCAUCGUGAGCUUGCCAUUCACAUUGUAUCUGACACCAAAUACUACCCUAUAGUUCAACACUAUUGCACUUCACCAUGCUUUGCAGAAGAGCAUUUUAUACCAACUUUUGUGCAUAUGAUGUACCCUCAAUUAAGCUCCAAUAGUAGCAUCACGUGGGUGGAUUGGUCAAGGGGUGGCCCUCAUCCUCGAACAUUUGGGCCGAAUGAUAUUACAGAAGCGUUUUUGAACCACAUGCGGUUUGGAUCAACAUGUGUUUAUGUAGGCAAUAUCAGCAACAUGUGCUUCCUUUUUGCAAGAAAGUUUCAUCCAAGUGCAUUAAAGCCUCUAUUAUUGCUAUUGUCUCCAUUGUUGCUUGGUAUUGAUACUUAAUUAGAUCUUAAAGGGUUUGUGUUGUUAGAAAUUCAUUAAGCUCCCAUAAGAGAGAAAAAGUUA